UGUGUUUAUAUUUUCGAUUCACGCUCAUUUUCACUUGCUCCGCCGGCUUUUUUUUUUAACGAUUUUUAUUAUAACAGGAUUUACGAGCGUCGUAAUAAAAGAAUAAGAUUUUAAAUUGGCGCAAUUCGCGAUGCCAGUGACCUAUGUGCAAAUUGCGCAACGAACAAAAAAAAAAUGCACGAGUCGUUUGAAAACCGAAAGUCGGUCAGUAGCCUCAUCAGCACAUCGAUCACACAGGAACGAUCGAGAGCCAUUCGCUUAACCGAUCGACGUCGACAUGGAUCGAGCACCUGGUGAAGUCGUUUUGCUUACCGGUUCCAAUGGUUUCCUCGGCCAGCAUGUCCUGAAGCAUCUCCUGGAAGACGACGGCGUCUCGGAGAUCCGAGCUCUGGACAAAAACUUCCACUGCAACAACAACGAAGCCGAGUCGAAUUACAAGGAUGAGAAGAAGAAGAUCAGGCCGUACCUCUGCGAUUUGACAAACUUAGAAUCGUGCCGCGAAGCUUUCAAAGGAGCCGAUGUUGUCCUUCACUGUGCUGCUCUCGUCAGCUACGACUACCCGCCUGACGUGGUGGAACUUCGGAAAAACAACGUCGAUGCCACGGAGAACGUGAUAAAGCUGUGCGUCGAAGAGAACGUCGGUCGGCUGGUGCACUGCAGCACGACCGAAGUGACGUUGCAGUCGUGCUUCAAGGGCGGUAUCGUCGCGGUCAGUAUCUUCAAGCAGGAGUCGAAGCUCGAGGUACCGGAGAACGAAGGAAGACUCAUAUUCGGGGAGUACGCGGCAUCGAAGCUCAGAGCGGAGAAAAUCGUUAUCCGAGCUAACGGAACGUCGCUCCAGAAUGGAAAAGAUGCACUUCUCACCGUUGCUCUGAGGCCCACAUUACUGUACGGAGAGGGGGACUCGCACAUACUUCCAGAAAUGCUGAAGAUCGCGAAAAGCCGAGGCGACUACCUGCUCCGAGUCACCGGCCCCGGUGGAAAACAACAGAUGACUUACGUCGGUAACGCCGCCUGGGCCUUCCUCCGCGCCAAGGACACCCUCUUGAAAAGCCCCAACGCCAUAGCCGGUCUCCCCGUCACCGUGACCGACGACACUCUGGUCGAGGAUCUGAUCCUGUUCUGCGAACGGGUGACUCGCAGCAGCUCGAACCACGUGACGGUCUCUUCGUGGCCGAUACCUUUGGGCCUCUCCUACCUCGGUGCCAUCCUCGCCGAGCUCUUAUCGGACUUUGGCCUUAUCUCCAAAUUUAAGGUACCGCCACGAAGUAUAGUCGCAUUUCUUGGCUCCAUUAUCCUGUACAACCGAGCACGAGCCUCCAUCCGCAUGAAUUAUUGGCCCAAAUACACGCACGAACAGACGCUCGCCGCUGCUUCCAAGUACUACGGCGAACUCGCAAGCCGGAAGCUGCAGUGAAUUGCGAUUCGCAGUUAUACGAAAAUUACGUAUGCGUGUAGUAUAUAGCCUAUUCAUUUUAUUUAUUAUCAUCGUUAUACGACGAGUUUUUAAUAAAGUAUUAUUAUCUUCUGCGAAAUAAAAA